ACUUUAGAGAAGGGAAAUGAAAAAGUUGACUUAGACUAUAACAUAUGGUUAAGUCAAAUGAAGUUUUUGUAUGGUAAAGCCGCCGGACUACCAUAUCAAUCUACUACUGUUCGAACUGAAGGAAAUCGUCAGAAAUUAAUUUAUUUUAUGUCUCGAAGUAUAUGA